AUGAGUCAAGAAAAAUAUUCGCUUAACGAAUAUAUGUAAGUUUAAUUUAGUGAAAUUCUUCAAGAUCACAUCCAAACUUGCGAAAGAGAAAAUAAAUUUACUGAGGCUGAGCACGCAAAAAAAAGGCUAAACGAUCUUUUAGAGCAAGAAGAACGUAAAAAAGUUAAAGAAGCCAAAUUGAAUCAUGAAGCCGAAAGAUCAGAACUUGAAGAUGGGCAUUUGCUAGAAUUUCAGAAUUUCGUUAAUAUAUGAGACAAAAAGAUAAGAGAACAAAAACAAUUUUCUGAACAAGAAUUAUUUUCACUUAUGAAUAGGCAUGAAAGAGAAAAAUCUCAGCUUGAAGAUCGACUUCAAAGCCAAAUUCAAGUUAAGCCUAAGCCCACUGCUGAAAUUUUGAAUUUAAUGAAUAUUAAAGAACGAUUAUUGAAAUUAAAGGAUUAUGGAGAAGCACAGGUCGUGCAAAAAAGAAUAAAUCUACUAAAUAAGAGUGAAAUUGAAAAUUGGGAAAAAGAAAGAAAAAGAAAAAUGAUGCAAAAAUUGAUUCAGCUAGAAAAAAGACAAGGGAUAGAGAUGAGUGCUUUGAAAAUUAGGCUGAAAGCAUUUGAAAAUGAUAUUAUUAAAAAGAAAUCGGAAGAGCUGGAGAGAUUACUGCAAAAAUAUCAAAAUAUUAAGAAAGAUCUAGAAAAUUACCAAGUACAAGAAAUAAACCAUAUGGUGAUGCAUAAAUAA